CCUUCCGCUGUCCGCUCUACCACUGAACCACGGAGCCGAUCCCUAGCCAGGCAGUGCUCUAUUCUGGCCGCGUUAUCGAGGGACACACUAUCAUCUGGUGUGUGGUAUGCUAAACCAGAUCCCAGUGAAUCGAGGCGAGCUAGGGUCUUGACCCUAGUGUCUUGUUACAAUUUCUGGGGUUUGUCUCAUGUGAAAAGGAUGUCGACGCCUGGCCUCGAGCACUGGGGAGAUAUUACUAUCCUUGUUGCGUACUUUGUCCUUGUCCUGGCUCUAGGACUUUGGGCAAUAUGUCGACCAAACCGUGGUACAGUAGAGAACUACUACCUGGCUGGGAGGAACAUCGGCUGGUUCCCCGUUGGUGCGUCGGUCUUCUCCAGCAACAUCGGCAGCGAGCACUUCCUUGGCCUGGCUGGACAGGGGGCAGCGGCGGGGAUCGCCAUGGUUACCUAUGAAUUCAGUGGGAUGGUGGACUUGAUCGGACUGAGCUGGUUGUUUCUCCCCGUGUAUGUCUCGGCUGGGGUAUACACUCUCCCCGAGUACAUUGGGCGGCGGUUUGGUGGCCAGAGGAUGAGGAUCUACCUCAGCGUCCUUUCCCUCGUGCUCUACAUUGUCACAAAACUCGCCGUCAGCAUCUACGCAGGAGGUCUGUUCAUCAAGCUUGCUCUAGGAUGGAACAUGUACAUCUCUAUAGUGGGGCUGCUUGUCGUCACGGGCGUGUACACUAUACUAGGCGGACUGACGGCGGUCAUCUACACGGACACAUUCCAGACGGUCGUCAUGACGGCAGGCGCCAUCUCCCUCACAGUGCUGGGCUUCCAGAAGAUUGGUGGUUUUGACAAUCUGGAACACCGCUACAUGAACGCCAUCCCAAGCGUCCGCGCCAACAACACCACCUGCGGCCUACCCAGGGACGACGCCUUCCACAUCUUUCGUGACCCCGUGACCUCUGACCAGCCCUGGCCAGGCCUGCUAGUGCACUCGUCUCUGGGAGUCAUGUGGUACUGGUGCUGUGAUCAGGUGAUUGUACAGCGCACCCUGGCGGCGAAGAGUCUGAGUCACGCCAAAGCAGGAGUUAUCUUGGCUGGCUACCUCAAGUUUCUGCCUCUGUUCAUCAUGAUCUUCCCGGGGAUGAUCAGCAGGGCGCUGUUCCCAGACGUGAUAGCGUGCGCUGAUGCUGCUGAGUGCCAGAAACAGUGUGAGAACCCAGCUGGGUGUUCCAGCAUCGCCUACCCCAAGCUGGUGCUGGAGAUCCUGCCCGUAGGUCUGCGAGGUCUGAUGAUGGCGGUGAUGCUGUCAGCCAUCAUGAGUUCCCUCACCUCCAUCUUCAACAGCGCCAGCACGCUCUUCACCAUGGACCUCUGGCGGCGCAUGCGCCCUAGAGCCCGACAGAGGGAGCUGCUCAUUGUUGGAAGGGUAGCUAUCGUAGCUUUGUGCGGAGUCAGCAUAUUGUGGAUUCCUAUGGUUCGCUCCUCCCAAGGGGGACAACUCUUCAACUACAUCCAGGCUAUACAGGGAUAUCUAGGAACCCCGAUAGGGCCUCUUUUCAUCAUGGCGGUUCUCUGGAAACGGAUGAAUGAAGCAGGAGCGUUUUGGGGCUUGUUGAUAAGUCAGAUGUGCGGCGUGAUACGGAUGGUGUUAGACUUCGUGUACCCACUGCCUCCCUGCGGUGAGCCGGACACACGUCCGCGGAUAGUGUCUUACGUCCACUACACCUACUUCAGCAUCUUCAUCUUCUUCUUCACCUGCGUCUGCAUCUACGUCUUCAGCUACACCGCCAAACCGCCAACAGAGGAGCAGCUGCGUGGGGUCACAUGGUGGACGAGGGUAGGCCGGAAAGAAGAAUCUUCCACAAACGUCCUUGAAGAGCAGGGCACGAACGACAACUCUGACAGACAAACAUUUCAAGUCGGGGCCGCCAACACAGCCGAUGAAACAAGAGAGGGAAGGUGUUCUUAUUGGACUGGCGUCAUCUGCGGAAUACCAAAGGACCAUGGGACGGCGGAUGAGAUCCAGGACAUUGAUGAUGACCAUAAGCGCCAAUUCCUGAAAGACAGAUCGAAAUGGAGGCUGAUUUUAAACUUUAAUGCUGGGCUCGGAUUGGUUGUUAUGGCUUUCAUGUAUGGCUAUUUCAAAUAAAGCACCACACACUGUUGUCCACUAGAAAAUGCUUGCUGAUUGGCUAAUUCUCGUCUAUCGUUCCACACACUCCUUCCUUGAUAUCACUCACGCACCAUAUCGCACCACAUUGUCUAUUCAAAACUUUGUCCAUCUUUCUUUUCCUGUUUGAAGACUUCACACACUAAUGAGAUAAACACAUGUUGCAAAAUGCUCAGCUUUCAUCGAGAAAUGUGACCAACGUUUCCAUUACGUAUUUAUCCUAACACGUGCAGAAAUCAUAGCUCUAUGGAUAGCUAGUUUUAACUAAUUUCAGUUUCAGAAAAUACACAAAGAAGCCAAUAAGUAAAGGACCCAAACAUAAAACGCUUGAAAAAAAAUAAAAUUAAAGUAACAAUAAACUUUAAAUUUUAUAAAAAUAUCAUUCCAAUCCUCAAACGAAGUCUUAUUAAAGUCGUGAAGCAGGGUUAUUAAAGACUAGUGUUCAAUGCCGAAAUCGAAUGUUAAGGGUGUGUUUGCUCUCCCUGAAGAAUAUUUGUAAAGCAUACGUCUGUCCACACAGUGUUAUUAAUGUCUAGUAUACAAUUUAAUGUAUGUAGAGAUUGCAAAUUCUACAUUAUCAAAA